AUGCUGUUAAAACUGUUGCAAAGCGUUCGAUAUCUAGGGCGACAAUCACUUCCGUUUAGAGGCAAUUUGGAUGAGGAAACACACAGCGAGUUGAAUUCGAACUUCCACCAGUUACUUUUACUCCGAUGUGAAGAUGAUAAGGAACUGAGUGCAUGGCUUGCAAAAAACCAAAACUACACGUCACCAGCUAUUCAAAACGAAAUGCUGCGAAUCGAAGCACUUAGUAUUUUACGUGACAUUGCAAAAAAUAUUCAGUCAGCUGAGAUUUUCACAAUCCUUGCAGAUGAAACAGGGGAUGUCUCAAAUACGGAACAACUUGUCAUUUGCAUUCGGUGGGUUGAUGAUGAAUUACAGGCUCACGAGGAGUUCAUUGGCCUCCAUCCACUACCUGAUACUAGUGCUGACCAAAUCGUUUUUUUAAUCAAAGAUAUUCUUUUACGAAUGAACUUGAAAUUAGAAAAUGCUCGCGGCCAAUGUUAUGAUGGAGCUGCAUCCAUGGCUGGUCACAGAUCUGGAGUUGCUACCCAAAUCAAAUCGUUGAAUGAAAAAUGUUUGUACACACACUGUUACGGACAUGCUUUGAAUUUAGCUGUUGGCGAUGUGAUAAAAGAAAUCCCUGAACUUAAAGAAGCGUUUGGAACUGCCUAUGAAAUAUGUAAACUUGUCAAAAAAUCGCCAAAGAGAGACACACAAUUAAAGAAUAUCAGAGAAGCAACAGGAAUUGAAUCCAAUCGGUCCAUGAGUUUUCUCCUACACGAUGGACUGUGCGAGGUGAGGUUCUUGAAUCCUUUCUUGAAAACCAUAAGGAAUUAA